UAUAGUAGCAUCAACAGAUCACAGUGGAUAGGAAACAAACCGGCAUUUUUAAUAGCUGAAACGCUUCAUGUUUCUGAAAUAGUAGAAAAUCUUCGUUUUCGAUAUAAAGCUUUGGCGUCAGUUCGUUAUUUGUUUAUAUAUCGUUGGAUAUUACUAUUUAUGUUUUUAACAUGAGUUUUGGGCAAUAUGGCGGCAGUGUUGUGAUUUGAGUGUAGUGGCUUGCGCUUUUGACAAGUUUGGUUCCUGAUUACAUCCGAAAUCGCACGUGUACGGAUGUAAGUCUGCAAUUUAACAUGAGUGAUCCUUCAAAAGAAGAUCAGCAAGAAGCUGCCGAGAGAAUAACUUCAUGCGUUCGGAAUUUAAAGAGCAGUCGUAGAUAUUCAUUUUCAGUGUCUUUCCCGGCUGAGGAAAACAAGCUGAUCACCGGUUAUUUAGAACCGCCAAAUCCAUGGCAAUAUGCUGAGAAUAUAACUCGUAAGGAUGUUGUCGACGCAUACAAGCUAUCUUGUUGUAAGCAUGGUGUUCAGCCAUUACCUGCCGUUCUAAAGGUUUUGGAGGAAAUUGAUUUGGAUAUUGGUCGCAAUGAAAUUCUUGACUUAGCAGGUGAGCAAUUAGUUUGGAGCCACUGUGAAAGCUUGGAGGAAGUCCUAAAGCGUGUCCAAUUCAAGCAUAUUAACUUGGAAGCAACAUCUCUUGAUGAUGAGGGGUCAGUUGCAUUAUUUGACAUGGUAGAAUAUUAUGAGGCAGCUGUUCAUUUGAACAUAUCUUCCAACCCCAAUAUUGGUGUUCGAGGAUGGCAGGCAUGUUCACGUAUGAUCAAGAAGACCCUGUGCCUAGAGCAGCUUGAGGCGAGGAACUUAACAUUAAAUGAACAGCUCAUGCCUAUAAUUAGCCGAGCCCUACGAAUUGGCACUCAGUUACAGGUGCUGAAGCUGGAAAACUGUGGUCUUGCAGGACGACCCACUGUUAUUCUUACUUCUGCUCUGAAAUUAAACAGUGCUCUGAAGGAAUUGUAUUUGGCUGACAACAAUCUUGGCCCGACAGAUGCUAUACAGAUUGGUGCCCUGCUUCGUGCAAAUGAAACCCUUCAACUACUUGACAUUAGUAACAACAACAUUCAAGAUGCCGGCCUUUGCCAUAUAGCUGAUGGACUAGCUGAACAGCCAUCUGGGGCGGGACUCUGCAUUCUUGUGAUAUGGAACAACCAUUUAACAACUAAUGCUUCAAAGCACCUUGCAAGGCUGCUGUCUCACAGUAAAACACUGGAAACACUGAAUGUAGGCCAUAACACACUGAGCAGUGAAUGCCUGCAUAUUAUAAAGGAGCCACUUCAGCAGAACCGUAGUUUGUUACGUUUGGGUAUGCAGUCAACACACCUCUCAUGUGAGGGUGUCAUAGCUUUGGCAGAAUGCAUCGCAGAUAAUAAUGUUAUUCAGCGGAUUGAUCUGAGAGAUAACAACAUCCAACUAGCUGGCCUUUUAGCACUUACGCACUCCUUGAAAGUUAACCAUAGUGUAACGCAAGUGGAUCUGGAUGACAGACCAAAGGAAAAGAUGGAAGAUGACGAUAAACAAUAUGAACAACUGGUGGCUGAAGUGCGUAGAUUCUGCAUUCGUAAUCAAGAGCAAGCAUCGGAACAUCAAGACACAGUUGGAGCUGAAGUGCCAGAGCGCCGACUACGUAUUCCAAAAUCUGUUUCUCGAAAAAUCUCGUUAACCUGUGAAACAUUGAUGCGGAAUGUGGAAACAGCUAAUCACCAGCAGCCACAGCCACAUCACCUCUUGCCAGAAACGCGACCACGUGGAGGUGGUGGUCGUCUACGCAGCCCUGCUCCAUCUCCAAGCCCUAGUCCUGUCUCGAGUCCUAUCCCUAGUCCAUCUCGGAAUCGCUUCCAGGUAUCAAGAGUAUCCGAGAUGUCUUCACCGACAACUUUCUUCGAAGUAUCACCAUCUCCAUCAUCAUGUCCAGUAACAGCAUCACCAUCUGCAUCAUCAUCCCGGUUCCAGGUGACUUCCGUUGAACCAAGUGUUUUAAAUCCAGAUAUAAACAGGAGGAUUGGGAGGACUGUCACACCUGGCUUUUCUUUCAAGUUGAAUGACAAUGAUGUAUCUCCAAAUAACCAUUUAGAAACGUCAGAUGAAUCUAAGAAAUCAGAAACACCUUUGAAGCCAUCUGUAGGUGGCCUCAUGGAUGAAAGUGCUGCUCUUAGAGCAAGUGAAUUGUCUGGCUCAUCAUUAUCGUCAUCAAUAAUUACAGGUGACGCAACCCAGAGUUCUCCAGUUAUGCCGACUCAACUCAUCGAUACAUCCAAAAUAUCUCAGAACAUUGCAAAACAAAUGCAAAGUUUGUCCAGUUGUGCAAGUUUACUGUCAUUAGCUUCUGACACUUCUGAAGAUAAUGAUGACAUGGAGGUUAGGAGACUUAUGGAUCCAGAAAGUUUCACUGAAAAGCAUAAUCAACUUGUAACAGAUAUCCAAAGUAAUUCUUCUCUUCAGAGCACAAAUUUUGAAAUUCCAGUUCCAAAAGUGACAACCCCUUCAGAUGGAGGAGUUACAGUCAGUUCUAAUCCAACAAAUGAAACUCAUUCAAAUAGUUCGAAAUUAGUUAGUAGGUUUGGACAUAGCACAGUUCCUCAACCACAAAGAAAGAUUUCAUGGGUUGCACCACCAGACAUCCAUGUCAGUGACCAAAAAGCAACUUCCAAUUUAGAAAAACUUAUGGGAUUGUUUCAACAACCAGGCAGCUUCUUCAACAAAUCCCAGCCUCAGUACAAAGCAACAACUGCUAUCAUAAAUCAACAGCCUACAUCAAAUAGUGAUGCAGCAUUUCUUUUGACUGCAGGGCCAUUGGCUAAUGCAGUUAAAGAUGCAAUGCUUCAGAAAUCUGGAAAGCUAAUCCCAGAAGGUCCCGAAGUUAGAGCAUCACAAUCUCCAGUGCCAGAUUUCAUCAAUAACAAUAAAACUGGAGAAGCCAAGGUUAGUGAAUGUGAUGAUAAAAAGGAAAUUUCGCCAGUAUCAUAUGAGAAAGGCAACCAGCCGAGAAUAAGGCAUCAUGAGGAUGAAAAUUUUAAUCUAGCCAAACCUUGCCUACCAGUUGUUACAGGUGAGGAUGAUCGUGAUAAUGAUGAUGAUGAUGAUGAUUGUGAUACCCGAAUGUGGUGUCCCGUAACAUCAGUCUGUGGCAGUGGUAUUAAAUUGUGGGAUUCAGCUGAUGUAGAUUUCAGUCAAAGUGCUUGUGGUUUUCAGUGUGGAAAUUUGAGUGUGAUUGAUGAUGCACGGACAGUGAUGAAACUUCAUGUGAAUGAAGCUGGAUCUCCUGCAACUGGUGAAAAAAGUGACAGUGAUUGCCAUAGUCCAUUUUCUUUCGAAGAGUCGUGUAAUCCUGUAAAAUCACCUGAAAAUGUUGAAACUACUGACCCUGAUCCGAGACAGGCUCAACUAGUUGAUAAAGCGAAUAACUUAAGUAGUGCAAGAGAUGAUGAUCAGAUAACUGUAGUACCUGACUGAAUAACUCAUUUCUGUAAAUUCUUUUUGCAGGCACUUCAUGUGUAUUUCUCAUUUGUGGAAUCACCAGUAUUUUUCAAGUGUUCUUGGUUAAACCAGAGCUCUAAAUUUCAUUUAUAUAUUAAAUAAUACCCUAUUUCCUCUUCAUUUCCUUUCUUCAGGUAUUCCAGUUGUCAUUGUGAGUCUCUCCCCAGUUGUUGUAAUUUUUAUAAUUUUGAACAUUGUUACAUUUUUUCUCUGUCAUGACGUAAUGGUUGAAAAACAGAGAAGUAUCUUCCAUUAAACUAAAAUCUUAACUUCACUGUGAAAAUAAUUUAUAAUAAUGGACACUACUAGAGUUUGAAAGCAGAAGUGACAAAUGCAUAUUGUUUGUGUUUUUUAUGACUGUUAUGUUGCAUUUCAGUGUACCUUUGACUUACAUUGUCAGUUCACGGAGUAUUACCUUCGUGAAAACUUCUAGAGAGUGAAAGUGUUGCAAGUAUUGUCUCAAAAGUAAAUUGGUUCUUUAGAACAUUGAAAAUAGAAGUGGACCCUCAUUCAUCAGAUAAAUGCAGGACACCAAGGCAGAGAAAUGCUUACCUGAAAUAAAGAAUGUAAUUAACUGUAGUUAGCAGUCGUUUCAUUAGUUGACAAAUUUGUUGUGUUUAGGGUGGAUUUAUGCGAUCGACGUUGAGGAAACAUACAGCUACAGUUCUAGGUUAAUUGUUUCUUCAAGUGGUGAUGUAUACACCUGUUCUGGAGUGGACUAUUCGUAGCCUGUACAUUAGAGCAGAUGUCAUAAGUACCACUCACAUACUAUUUACCAGAAUAUUUAAUUAAAGCAAUGAGUUCAUGUAUACUUGUAAUUGGUUAUAGCAGAUAACCAUUUAAGGAGGUCAUUAAUGUGUGUCAUUACAAAAUCCAGUAAAUUUACAGCUUCAUACUUCUUCUAUUAAUUAAAUACUGAUCUGUCUCUUUGUUAGGGGCACGUAUUGUAUGUUUGCAAUUCAGCACAUUAUUUUUGUAUGUGAUUCAUUGCUGAAUGUCAGAAGUAUAUCACUAAAUCUCUCUCUCUUUGGCAAAUAAUUAGAUUGUAUUUCAGCUAGUUCUAUCUGGUAAUAUAGAUCUGAUUUAGAAUUUGUAUGGUGUGUCCCUCUUCUAGUAAUUAUUUGAGAAAGUGUUUCUAUUCAUAUCUUACAUCUUUUGCAAAGGAAAAAUAGGUGUGCUUCAUUCUGAAUUAGCUUAACUUUUGUGCUUUCAUUUCUGUACACUUCAAAUUAUUCUCUUUCCAUUUUCGCAUCUACGAUGCACUAUUUUACUACAAUUUUCACACCGUGUAUAAAGUACUGGGUCUUAUUUCAGCUGGUGGCUAUAUAAUUAAUUAAUGUGAAAUUGAAACCAUUAGCUUGUUAAUGUAGUUAAAUAUAUGUAACAUUUUCCCAUGAAACUGCACUCUUCGACUAUGUGUACAUAAAUGUACACACAAAAAAAGGGUUUUUGCGGAAUACAGUUUGAAGUAUUCUUUUAUAUACUGUAGGAGCACUAAUCCUAAUUAACCUGAACACACAUCUUUUUUCUCAGUACAAAACAUGACAAAACUUGCCAUUUUUCUCUCUCUCACUUAGAGCAGAAAAUAUAAUAUAUAAUUUAUGGUCGCAGUUGCCCCCAUUUAGGAAAAAAUUGCCUCUCUUGACUAGAUAUAUCUUUAGUAUAUUUUGAAUAACUUCAUUUUCGUGUCGUCAUUAUGUGGAAUUUAUACUACCAUGGUCCUAAUGCAUAUAUUGCAUGCAUAUUCAAAAAUAACAAAUUUUAUGUGUUUGAGGGCUAAUUUCAAUAAGUUUUGUUCCCGUCAGCUUUAAUUAUCACAGCCUGUACUUACAGCUGUCCUUAUUUUCAUCAUAAUGCUUGAUUGAUGAUGUAAACAAAUAUUCAUGGCUAGUAGUGCCACAGUUCUCUUAUUAAAACAGAGUUCUCAUAAGAUUUUUCUGUCUUAUUUUGAACAUGCUAGUUUAGGAACAAUAAAGAUUUCAAUCAUAGGAAAUUGCCUAGCAGUUCUCUUCACUCUCAAAUUUAUUUAACAUUCUGUUCAGGACUUGGCAAUACUAAACAAUUCUUCAGAUUGCAUGAACUCCAUGUCUAAAUUACAAUUAUUGAUUUGCUUAUUUUUAUUGUUUUGUGGUGCUGCAUUGAGACUCAACAGUGUUGAGGCCAGAGCAUCUUUAUUUUUAAUGACUUUCUUUCACAGCAAACAUUUGUUAUCAAUCGGCUAUCACAAUAUGGAGAACAGUAUGUUACCAUUGCAUUUUUGGUUUAGUGGAUGGUAGUUUGGCACUCUGCUUAAUUUCAUUGAGUAUUUAGUUGAAUAAGAAAAACCUUUACUUAGAAACAAAAUGUAGAUUUUUAAAAAAGUUAUAUCAUGACAGAAUCAUAAGUAAAUUUUAUUGUUUGAAUGUUGUGGGAAAGUCUAAUCCAUCGCUAUUCACGGGUAAUAUUCGAGUAAUCAUCUAAAAUAAUCUUCAAAAUAAAAGAUUUUCUGAUAGAUAACAGUACAGAUUAUGUUGAACAUCUCACAAGAAAUGAAAAAAGACUGCCAAUGUUCUAAAUCUAUUUAAAUGAUUUACUAAUAAAGUAAACACCUUCUACAAGAGUUUUCAGCACUGAAAAAAGUGAGUGCAAGUACUUAUUUGUGACAAACUAUGUCACCCAUUCCCUAGUACUUUUUGUAUUUGUGGGAAUUCCAUCACAGCAAAGUGUUGACAGUGAUGUCUAAAUUGAAGUACAUGCUGAUUUCAUAUUUGGAACUAAUAUUAAAAGAGAGAGCACACACCUCAUUAAAAGCAGUUUGGUUUUGUUGUCUGUACCACACUAUUGUGAAUUGCUCAUAAUUACUCGUUGAAACAGAUAAUUGUAAUUAUAAACCUUUGUUCACAUUUGUAUUGUGUGUCCUCCUGUCACAAAGUGGAGCUAGGAGGAAAGGAACUAAUGCCUGUGUGAAGUACCCAAUACUACACCCUGAAGAGGAGUUUGACAAAGUUACUAGUGUAUGUAAAACUUUUUCAAGUAGAAUGAAAAUUUGUUGGAGGGGGGGGGGGGAGGAAGAGGGAGGAGUGGGGAGUGAAAGCAUUCUUUAUAUAAAAGAAUAAAAAUAUAAAUUGCUUUGGCUUUGGUUGGCAGUCUGUGAAAAGUCUCACUCUUUCCCAGCUUUUAAUUUGUAUAUCCUAGCUGUGGUCCAUCUUAGUUCCAUAAAUUCAUUGUUAUAGCCAGUCAACAUCUUUCACUAAUGUUUCAUAAGCAAUUUCACUCUGAAAAUUCUGCUUUUUUUCCACCCUCAUUUUUGUUUACUAUUUGCCAUAUUUCUUUGUCAUUGCCAUUGUGCACUUUCCUUCUGUUUGUUACUGCCUGUUUGUCAUUUACAUUUGUUUUAGAUGCUAACUGAGUGUUGCAGAGCUACAGUAAUCUGUGUGUGCAAACACUACAGUCUUUUUCAUCGUCAUAUUUCCACAUCGUAGUCUCUUUGAAAUUUUAGCUUCUGUUCCCUCUCCUCUGGUGACCCCCUGUGACUUCCUCACCCAUCUAGUUUUUGUAUUUUUCAUAUGCAACCUUAUCUACACCUGCUUUUAAGACAUAGGCAUCAAAUUAUGAUGACACCUUUCUAUGUCCUACCCUUCAUCCCGGAAGAAAUUUAUGUCUGCACACAUUGUCCAGUAAAAGAAAGAGAGAUGUUGGUAUAUAAUAGCUGACUGUUGUAUUUUGCCCAGUGGCCUGAAUUGAACUCCAAUUAUAUGUUUAAAGUUCAGUAAAAGAUGAUUAUAAGCUACUUUUGAUAGUUAUAAAUUGGCGUUUUAAACUCAGAAAUCCUUUUGGUACCUUUUAAGAGGAAUAAGCUCUUUAUCCUUUUUAGAUUUCAUCAUCCUGACUGUCUAUUUAUGUGUGACAUUACAAACAAAUUAAUAAACUUCACAAUAAUUAAAUUUCCUGUUUCGAAGUGCUAUAGGAAGAAAGCCACUGCUCAGAAUGACAUUAAAUUGGAACAGCAUGUUAUUGACACAGGAAGAAUCACCAUGGGGGGG